AAAACCUUCCCCUUUGUCUGAACUGUGGGUCGCUUCUUUGCGAUCGUCCGAGUCCGGCGUCGCCUUGCGCGCCCUGGAGUUGGUGGCGCGCUCCGGCGCGUGCGAAGCCGGUGCUUCCCUCCCCCGCGACACGCUUCUGGCGCUGCUUUGCUUGCGAUCCCCCCCUUCCUCGACCACCCCAAAUUGCGGUGGCCCCUCCGAUCCUUGCCUCUAGUAGGGAUCUGCCGCUCCUCGGCCCCCCAUAAAGGCCGGUCCCCAGCUGCGGGCGCAUGAGAGGCGAUCUCUCCAAAAGGGACAGGAGCCCGGGGAUUUAGAAAGCCGCGUCUCGGGGGGGCCAUGGCCGGCCGCAGAGCAGUGCCCCCGUCGCUGUGGUCCGGGAACGAGCGGCUGAGGAUCGGGGAGCGCCUCCAAGCCAGCCUGGCCGGGAUCUUCGAGCUGGAUCUCCUGCGGGAGACACAAAGGGAGACGGUGGAACGCGCUCUGGAAGGGAGCCGGAGAGAUGGCGAGACGCAACAGGUGUGUGUGUGUGAAAGAGGGAGAGAGAUCUGAAGGGAGGGGGGAGGAAAUGGUGGGGAAAGUUUGCUUAAAAUGCCCUUUAACUGCCUUUUGCACCAAAGAGUUCAGGGCGGUCUACAAAAAUGAGAAUCCACUAAUUCACAUAACUUGCGAUUCAAAGCCGGCCGAUGGGUACAACAAAGUGCAACAUUAAAAAAAAAAAAUUUGCCAAAACUUUAAAAAAGGAAGAAAGAAUAGGGUGCAUAUCUUAGAACAAAAGGAAAGCUAUGCCAGACUCCUAAAUGCUCGCUGCUAGGCAUGCUUACUCAGGAGUAAACUUACAGGCUGGGGUAGAUAAGGCCAGGAGGGGCUUAGCUUGCUAGGUUUCCAGUGCAGGCUUUUAAACUGAUCUACCCUAAGCCAGUGUGCAAAGGAUUGCAAUCAGAUAGCCCCAUCCCAGGCUAUCCAUUAUAUAUAAUUAUACUGUAUGCAUUAUAUAUAAUUAUACCACAUGUGCCUCAAGGUAUGUAAUCUGUUGUAGUUGACCCGUUGCAGAGCUACAAUUCCCAGCCCAGCACCCUUAAACUACAAUUCCAAGUAUUCUGGGGGGAGGACUGCUGUAAAGGUAUGAUGUGUUUGCAGCCAGAGUCCCACUCAGUUCAAAGGCAUUUCUGUAUCUGAUUGCAAUGCUGCAGUCCUGCGCACACUUAACUUAGGGGGAAAUGUACCAAGUCGGAGCGUUAGUCUGCAUUGUAAACACUGUCAAGCAGCGGCUUAGGGUGUGUGUGUGUUCAAGUGGGGAGUGAAGGGGCAGGAUAGCUCAGUCAGUAGAGCAUGAGACUCUUAGUUUGAGGGUUGUGGGUUUGAGCUUUGUGUUGGGCAAAAGAUUUGUGCAUUGCAGGGGUUUUGACUGGAUGACCCUUGCAGCCCCUUCCAAUUCUGAUUCUGCAAGAUGCUCUUAUUGCCGAACUACGACAUUUCCCCCACUAAACAGGGCUUUACAGGGUUUGUUUUAAAAGGCUGUUUACGACGAGCUCAUUGCCAGACUUGCUUUUUUAUUACAUUUUGUCUGUUUUGACACACGUGGUAAGGCAGUUUAGGUAUUUUCUGGAAAGGCAAAGUGUAAAUGAUAAAUUGCACACAGUGAGACUUGCGUCUGAGUAGACAAAAUGUGGGCCUUUGGUGUGAUCCAGGGAGGCACUUCUGUGAUGGGUUGUGCCUUGACUCUUCAGCCAUUCACAGCGGGUAAAAUGCAUUCGAGUAAAGUUGGCUUUCUAGUUUUGAGGUGGGGGGAGUAGCUUGCUUGCUGGUUGUUGGGCAGUGAUACCUUUCGGGGGAAGACUUUGGGGUGGGGUGAGCAGGAGGGGCCCCAAACAAAGUAGAGCACCCCCAUUUUUAAAAUUAGCUUUUAUAUAACAACAACCAAUAGCAGAAUGAAUGUAUAAAAACACACACACACACAACAUAUAAACAAGUAAAUCCGAAGUAUUCCACACAUUUCCAAACAAUGUACCGGUAAAUAACACAAGUGAAAAUACUGAAAUUAUCCUCUCUCCAGAACUAGCCAUGUGCGUGAGGAGGUUUCCUUGCUUGAUUGGAACAUAUUGAAUAUAGGGAAAUCAAUCAAUAAAUUGGCAAAGGAUCCUUUUCUGAUCGACCUCGAGGCUUCUCAAACACACUGGUAAAUUUUUCAGAAAUGUAGCCCAUUUUGAAGAAAGUGAAAUCAUCAGACCUAAAGAAGCCCUGUAUCCAUUAUGUUUAGAGCAGGCACCCCCAACCUGUGGCCCUCCAGAUGUUUUGGCCUACAACUCCCAUGAUCCCUAGUUAACAGGACCAGUGGUCAGGGGUGAUGGGAAUUGUAGUCCAAAACAUCUGGAGGGCCGAAGGUUGGGGAUGCCUGGUUUAGAGUCUAAAGCUGCUUGGCUGCACCACUGUUGUAAGGAUUUUUAGAAAGAGCUUUGGGCCUAGGGGGGGUCUGAUACAGAAAUGCACUUCUGUGUGUUGUUGCUUAAAGGACAUACUUGAGACCACUUCAGGAAAAGUAACUUAUGCCUUAAUUUGGGGGUGGGUCAGCAACCUGCUGGGGGCCCCCCAUGAGGUGUGGGUGGGGCUACAGGAAAGUCAGAGGUUUCUGCAUCCAGCUCCUCUUCAGGUAAGCAGGAGGCAUUAUCACAGUUGGGAGACCCAUUCCAGUCAGGCACAGAUGCUCAAGGAGCACCCAGCCCAGGGCUGGUGAAGGACAUGGAAGAGUCCCAAGGGCCAGACAGAGAGGCCUAGAGGGCCGGCCCCCCAUGCAUCAAGUUCCCAACCCUUACCUUAGCUGAAAGAGAUCCAAAGUGUGCCUUGCUGGUUUCAUUUGAAAACCUGUCAGUUGACUACAAGAAAUCUAGUUUUUUAUUAAAAAAAUGUUAGCCUGUUUAAGAACCCUGGGAUAGCUCAGCUGAUAGAGCAUGAGACCCUUAAUCUCAGAGUCAUGGGUUUGAGCCUCAUGUUGGGCAAAAUAUUCCUGCAUUUCAGGGGGUUGGACUAGUUGACUCUCGCGGUCUACAGUUCUAUGAUUCUAUGUUGGGCAUAGAGACGUGGUGGUUGUUUAUAAAGAAGAGAACAGUCUAACUUCAGCUGGCAACACCUGUUCAUUGCUUGGAGCUUUUUGCAGGGAAACAUAUUCCAAAUAAUGAUUUAGAGAUUUAUGGUACUUUGCCGAGUUAAAAAACAAAACCUGAGGAAGAGUGGUCCCUGCCCUGAGGAGCUUGGGAAGUCAGCAGUUGGGGUAGGGUGUAUGUCUUGGGGGAUAACGGGAGUGGGGUUGAUUUGGAGACAGAAAGAUUUGGUUUGUACGGUCCAGGUGCCCUGACCUCAGGGAAGCCUGGAUUCAGAAGGGCUGUGGCAGAAACUAGGAAGAUCAGGCAGGUGUGUGAGCUUGGGGAAGUAAAUAAGUAAGGCUUGCCGACGUGGCAGAUGUUUAAUGAAUGUAGGAGAGGAGCUCUUGAAUAGAGGAACAAGAAGAGAGGGUGGUAGUCUGGGAAGGUUGAAGGAAUGGGAACUAUAGGAGCAAUGCGUUCAAAUGACGAGAAGGGGAGAGUCUGUGGCGACGUUUCUGGAAAAUGGCGUGAUUCUGGCAGGACCCCACGUCUUGUGUGCUGAAUCUUGCACAGGGCAGAAUGUUUACACCAAAUAUGUGCAAGGUCACACUCUUGCAUGUUUGUCUGGAAUAGCGCCCAGGUUCUGUUGUUGCAACCACACACGUGUUUUGGAAUCCGCCCAUCAGUAUCCACCUGUAAUGGUGGCGUCGGCAGCAAGGAAUCCACUGUUUAUAUCCUGAAUGGCUAAGCAGGUGGGGGGGGUGUUAUUUUUUGCUUUUCUGCGAUUCAUCCUUCCUUGUUCUGAAAGAAUUUGCUAGCGGGGGGGGGGGGGGAAUUGCUGCAUCGAAACUCGGACAGCUGGGCCACUGAGGAAGCAGUUGUUAUUAACUGACCAACAAAGGCUGGCGUGUUGCUUGAAAGUUUGCAUGCUCCUCUUCUGGAUUUUCCCUGUAUGGAGUUGCCCUACCAGUUUUGCAUCAAAGACGUACUCAGUAACUAGCUUCCCGUUUUAUAUUGCGUACAAAAAGGUUUCUGCCGAAUUGUUAGCUCUGCUUUUUCUCUCUGGUCUGGGCAAGGUGUUUUGGGAAGCUUUUGGCAAUUUUGGCAAAUUAAUGAAUUUUGGUAAAUUAGCAGCUUGCCAGCACAGAGCACCUUGACAUUGGUCUGAUGAAGUGUUCUGCCUCUCCUGAAAGCUUGCACAAGCUGAGACUACAGCCUGUUGAUGAGGCAUCUGUAUGUAUAAAUAUGCCGGGAAAUGUCACUUUCAUUUUCUGACUGUUCUCUCUCUCUUGAAUCAUCCUUGCUAUUCAUCCUUGUCCGCAUUCCACAUCAUGUUUUGGUGACUACCAUAGACUGUGAACUGGGAUCCUUGUUCAGAAUUGCCUAUUGUAAGUGCAAAAUUAGGAAGCUGGUGCUCCUUCUGGGAUGAAUUAAAUUGGAUAACACAGGCAGCUGUGAUAGACCAGGACAUAGUUUUUUCCAUCUAGUCCAGUGUUUUCCCAAACUUGGGUCUCCAGCUGUUUUUGGACUAUAACUCCCAUCAUUCCUAGUUAGCAGGACCGGUGGUCAAGGAUGAUGGGAAUUGUAGUUCAAAACCAGAUGGAGGCCCAAGUUUGGGAAACACUGCUCUAGUAAUUUUAUUUUAUUUAUUAUUUAUUUUAUAUACCGCCCUUCAUCGUAAGAUCUUGGUGUGGUUCACAAGAUAAAAAUAUAGGAUAAAGGCACAAAGAAAUAGUUAAGACAAAAGCAUAUCAAAGCAAUAAUCCUCUCUCCCACAAUAAACUACACUUGCCUGCUCUGAUUGAUGGCAGCUCAAGAGUACAAGGACAAGAGUGUCAUCUUGCAGACAGAGCAGGAGACUGUUGGUACCGAGGCCACAUGCUCACCAUGAAUUCAAAGCAGUCUUAGACCACUUUAACAGCUAUGGUUUCCACAAAGAAUCCUGAGGAAUGUAAUUUAAGGGUGCUGGGAAAUGUAGUUCUGUGGGGGAUUUCCUAAUGCAGGCAAGGGCAAACUUGGCCCUCCAGCUGUUUUGGGACUACAACUCCCAUCAUCCCUAGCUAACAGGACCAGUGGUCAGGGAUGAUGGGAAUUGUAGUCCUAAAACAGCUGGAGGGCCAGGUUUGGCCAUGCCUGUCCUAAUGACUCUCAGCAUACUUAACAAACUACACUUCCCAGAAUUCUUGGGGUAGGAGGGGGACAAUGACUGUUAAAGUGGUACUGUAUUAGAAUUUGUCUGGUGUGGAUUUGCCCCUGCGAUAGUGCAUCUCGCAAGUCUCACCAAGAGGGUCAUUUGUUAUUAAAAUUAAAAAACAAACUGACUUCUGGGUGUUAGGAUGUGGUCAAAGCCUGCCUGCGUCUGGAGUGGAGUGCCUCCUUUGUAAAUGAGAUCUCUUUUCCUGCAGUCUCAGAAUAAAAUAAAAUAAUAAUUCAGGGAAUCUGGGCUAGAAACAGCACCGGCGAACCCCUUCCAGGCUCCUCUUUGUCUCAUGCCGGUAGCAGCUGUUGCUGCAGAGGUCCUCCCCGUGCUGGGAGUCCUGGCAGGUGGGGUUUGCCUUGUGGUUUGGCUCGCCAGCUGUGGGCGUAGGCCGGCCAUUCCCCCUGCAUGCGUAGGGUGGGGUGAGAGAGCACAGCAAAACAAAGCACCUGCUGUUCACGACAGUGACUUCCUGCUUGGCACAUCUGCCACCUGGAGGGAACAGUGUCUGUCCCUCUCCUCCAGCUUCCUUGUUUUUGCUCAGAUUUGUAGACCCGAACUACCUGACAAGAGUCUCGCUGAUGCACAAUUCUUCUUCCCAUCGCUCUGAAUUUCCAUUCUUUUCCUGCGUUCAGGAAGACCCUAAAUAUGCGUUGUCUCGCCCGCUGCAGAACCCUUGUGUGUCUCGCAGGGGAUUCUGGGUAGAGCAUGCGAAAUGCAUUCUGGGAAGGGCGCACAUGGUUCAAGCAAGGUGCUUGUGCUACAAUGAGCUUGCACUAAAGCAAAACCACUUCAUUGAAAAUCUAAUUGUCAGGAGUCAGCACUGCCUCCUCUGAGGGACAGAAGCUCUUUCCCAGUCCUGCUUCCUAGGGCUCUUCUAAGUGGAAAAGCCGGGAAUUGAACUUGGAAACCUCUGGAUGCAAAGCAGGCAUCCUCUUCAUUGAGCUGUGGCUCCUCCUAAGCAGCCCAUGUAGAGCUGACUCAUGUGAGAAACAAAAUCGCACACUGACUGCACAGCUUUUAGACUAUAGGUGGAGGGGUGUUGCCUGUUUAAAUUGGCACCUAUUACUACUAUUUUUUAAUUUCUUUAAAAAAAACAACUCCAGCUCCCUGAAGAGAAAACAUUUGGCAUAUCAGUACUGAGGCUGCUUCUUCCUGACAUGCUAUUUUAUUUAUAUUUUAAUAUCGGAGUCAGUUUUUUUUAAUAUGGAGGACCUAUUAUUAUUAUUAUCAUCAUUUCUGUAUUAAGAAGAAAUCAUAAAGCAUUUUGCAACUUACAUUAAAACAUCACAUAAAACAAUCCAGGAUUAAGCAUUGAUGAAGAGAGUAAAGUAUACAAUCAAAGCAACACGAUGAACAGGAAACUAAAAUAUUAUCUUAAAGAUUUCAAAAUGAAAUGUUACCAAAAAGGUCAACUACAGAAUGCACAUUUAAUGCGGCAAAGUUAACUUUUAAAAUGUUGUUAUUAUCAGGAACUGUUCGUACCCCCCAGGAGUUGUUUGCUCAGUAUCGUGGGUCCAGCUUUAUGGAACUCCAUUGCACUUGAAGUCAGACAAGGGCCCCUUCCCUGUUGAACUUUCAGUUGCUGCUGCUGAAGACUUUAAAAAAUAAUAAUAAUCCGCAGGCAUAAUAACUGAAUUCUGAUUUUAUAGCUCAAACUGAUUUUUAUCUUUAUCCUAUUGUUCAGAAACUUUUUACUAAGAGACAUUUGAAAUUCAGGGGUGUAUAAAUGGUCAAUAAUAAGUGAUUGCUUUCCACAUAGAUUCCAAGGCAGGGUAGAAAAUAAGAGUAAAAGCAGUUACGAAACAGCAGGGGAAGAAAUAACAGGAGAUGAGUUUAAAAGCGAUACAAAAUGGGAUGCCCAUGGCAGAGACUUCUUCAUUCAGCUGGGAAAGCUGCAGGCAUGUGUACAAACGAUGCUGCUUUUUUAUACUGACAUAUCCCCCAACACUUCUCCGAUGAAAAUAGAGACAUCCUUAGGAAAAGCAGGACGUUCUGGGAUCGAAUCAGAAACCGGGACGGCGUCUGUAAAUCCAUGACUGUCCCUAGAAAAUAGGGAACGUGGGACCUUCUUCAUGCAAAGCAGAUGCUCUGUGCACUUAGCUCUUCCAUAGACACAGCUUCUAUCUUUGCUCAAUGGUGUUGUGUGAAGAAGCCUUCUGUUUUUGUUUUAUUGGGGGUGGGGGGAGAGAGAGAGAAAUGCUAAUGGCUUGAAAGUUGAUUUGUCUUUCGAGCCCUCUUCUUUCUCCCUGCUGCAUGCCGACACACCCCUCUUAAACAGCUCGCUUUAUUUUAUGGGAGAACGAGCUCUUGGUCAAAUGGACAGAUGGCAGCCGCCUGCGGGGAGCUCCACCCGUGGCAGGGAGGGGCUGCCGUGUACGCCUAGUGACCUAAUCGUGGGCAAACAGCGUUAUCUUCCAGGCUAGGCGAGGAAGGGUGGCAUGUCAGCCGAGGGUGGCAUGAGAUCGGGCCUUUGGUCUGUCCAGCUCAGGAAUGUCUGCACUGGUUGGCAGAGGCUCUCCCCUGGGUUUGAGGCUGGGAGUCGUCGUCCUCCCCCCAUCCUACCUGGGGAUAACUAGGCCUGGGCCUGGCCUGCCAUGUUUUGCAAACUUGGGCCUCCUGCCUAGAAUUGAGGGCUGUAGUGAAGAUUGAUUAGAACUUUGCAUUUAUGUAUUUUUUUAUUAAAUGUUAUUAAAUGUUACCAAAAAAACGAAUAGGAAAAAGAAAUAGAAACAAUACAUAACCAUACAUAAAACAUUUAUCAAUACAAUUUUCGAGAAUGCAGACUAGAAAAGAAGAAAGACAAAAGAUAAAAGAAACAAGAAAAAGAAAAUACUUUUCAUAAUCAAUUAUUCCAAAUUCAUACUUCAAACAUUACAAUAUAUAAAUCCUAGUUAAAAUAUUAUUAAAGACUUCCACCGCAUUCACCACACGUCUCUUGGUUAACCAACAGAACUUUGCAUUUAUUUAUUAUUGCAUGUCUAUCCCACUUUUUUCUCCAAGGAGUUCUCCAUCUCAUUUAAUCCUCCCAACAACCCUGUGAGGUAGGUUUUGGCUGACCGGUGCAAGGUCACCCAGCAUGCUUCGUGGCUAAAUGGGGAUUUGAACCCUGGUCUCUUUCUCCCAAGCCCCAACACUCUAACCAGUAUGCCACACAGUAGUUUUUAAAAUACUGUUCUGGCUAUCAUCUGUCGGCCUCGGCUCUCCUUAUCUCUAAAGUGAGAACAACAUCGAUCCAGUUCACAAAGUUCUCAUGAAGGUAAACAAAAGACUUUUUAAAAAAAAGUAUAAGGCGGGUUUGCCUGUUUUAAGUCAUGCACAAAAAAAGGCUGACAUUUGCUCAAUGUGCAAAGAAGCGUUUUGUCCGCACAGCACGUUCUUAAUUUAUGGAAUGUGUUGCCGGAACAUGUGGUGGUAGAUACUGGCUUAGCUGGCUUUAAAAUCAAAAUAAAAGGAUUAGAAAACCAGAAAACCAGCGAAGGGCUCCGUCUGCCAUUGUCCUUUGGCCGGCAAAGACUGGAACCUCCAAGUGCAGGGGAAUAUAUCUCAGAUUAUCUAAUGGCAGGGAGAGACAGCAAGGGAAUGUAUUUGACUUCUUGCAUUGCUUGUGAGCUUCCCACAGAAGCACCUGGCUGGCCACUAUAGAAUUAGGAUUUGCUGGUUUAGAUGAACCUUGGGUCUGAUCGAACACUUUUUCUUACUAUUUUUAUUUUUUUAUUGCAUUUAUAUCCCGCUGCCUUCUCCAAGGAGCUCAAAGUGGCCUACAUGGUUUUCUCCCUUCUCGCUCAAUCCCCACAACAACCCUGUGAGGGAGGUUAGGCUGAGAGGAAAUGAAUGACCCCAAGAUCAUCCAGUGAGCUUUGUUGAAGAGUGGCGGGCCAAGUCCUAGUGAAACACUGCUCCAGUUGUUUGUGGGCUGCAACUCCCACAAGCCCCAGACUGCAUGACCAGUGACUGAGGUUCAUGGGAGUUGUAGUACAACAGCACCAGGCGUGCCACAGGUUUCACCUCAUCCCUGUGCUAUGUGUAAUAAUAAUAGUGUGGCAUUGGUUUUAAUGAGACUAUCAUAAUUUCACAAAAUUUAAGCUUUGGGAAACAGAAGUUUUUAUGGGCAGCUGUAGCUCUGACUGUUUUUGGGGGCUGCUAAAUUCUUAGCGAGAUAUUUCUUUUUAAAGAGCGGAUAAUCUUCUCCAGCACUUGAAAUUCACCAGGUGCAUUUUGCGACUGGCCACUUUUGACCAAGUGAUGAUACAUGGGCACCAUCGGCGCCUGACGUCUCCACCAUCUGGAGAUUCCUGCAUGGGGAUCCUUGAAUCCGGACUGUUUUCACACACUAAUACCCCAUCCUGUAGAAUUCUAUCCAUUAUAUUUUCUCUGCACAAUCAGAAUGAAUUUCAGGAACCAAAACGUUGUAUUGAAAAAUACGACUUUUGAGCCGUCUGGUCCAAAAAUGGCAACUAGACAUUUUGGUGACUGUAACUCUGGUUUAAGGAGCCAUUUGACGCCUAGUUUAUACAUCUCUGAGUUUCUCACACUGAUCUUAUAUCCCCACCCGAGCCCAUCUUCUCAGUUGCCUUUUUGGAAUAAUAAAUACAAUUCUAUAAUUGGUUAUUAUUCCUGGGUGAACUAUAUAAUCAAAAUGUUAUAGCAGUCUCAAAACAAGCAUUUGGGUUGUUUCUUUAUUAGUGAAUGUAAAAUUUCAAUUAAAAAAUGAUGUAAACACACAAAAGAGAGUUGUCUUUGCAACAGUUUCCUUCUUGAGAAUUACAAGCGUGUCUGGCCUUCACAGAGGUGUCAGGGCUGUUAUCAUCUGAGGCCUUUCUCUGUGUUCCUACUCCAAGGGAGGUCCAGAGGGUGGCAAAACCAAAGUGGGCCUUUUUAGUGGUGGCUCCCCACUUGUGGAAUGCUCACCCUGGGGAGGCUCGCCUGGUGCCAUCUUAACAUAUCUUUUUCGCUAGGUUUUUGGCUUCUAAUCACUUGUAACCUCCUUGAGCUGGCGGGAUGUUUUAAACCCACCUUCUGAAAGCAGGACUGCCGUUUGGAUUUUGUCUUUGUUUUCUCUUACGCUGGUUUCAAUGUGUGCAUUUGUAUAAUAUCAGUCACAUUAACUUGAUUUUUUUGGGGAAAAGAGGCAGAUUUGAUGCAGAAAACAAAACAUUGCAUCUCGCUGCACUGACGGGGCGGAUUUGGGGGUGGUAAUGAAUUAAUGUGGACAAAUGGCAGCCCCAACCUGGGCCCUGUUAGCUUGGGGGCCCAAGCCCAGAGGAACGGCUGCUUCCCUCUGCCAGCCACACACGCCAUGCACCCGCCACAUGGCACGUGCGUCCGGCCGUCUCGCUUGCCAUUUCAAUAGGUAGCCAGGAGGCCCCAAGACAAUGGCGACAGCUGCCUGGCUUUAGGAGAAGAAAGAGGAGGAGGAUAGACCAUUCCCCUUCUCCUGUUCAUGUUUCAUUCCUGCUGGCUCAGCAAAUGGGACUCUUCCCCGCUCCCCCUUUCCUUGCGUGAAGCAGCUGUCUUAACUGUUGUGGGGUGGGGAGGGGGGAAACUCUGUAGGCAUGUUGCAACUUUUACCCCUCCAACGCCCCACGGAGAUCAAUAAAUCUUGGAAUCUGGCCCAGGUGCAGUCUGGAGGGACAGGCAGGGUGGGUUAGGAGAUAAGCCGCAGCAUGUUUGCUUCCUCUUGGCUUUCUGCACCGGUUAAUACCUUCAGUUUUGGAGUCAGGCCUUGCUGUCAGCCUGCCUUAGGAACCUAAGAUUUGGAUGGGACCCCCCCAAGGGGUCAUCUGGUCCAAUUCCCUGCAGCGCAGGAGUUGCAGAUGAAAAAUCCCUGACAGGUGGCCAUCCAAAUGUGCACACUGCAAAUAAAACGCCUUAAGGGUUUACAGAGAACUGUGUAGGGUGCCAGCCAGCCAUGCCCCAUUUCAGGAUACUCCAUUCCAUUGUUCACCCUGCCCAGCUUCACCCAGUGAGCUUUGUUGCUGAGUGGAUAUUCUGUGUCCAGCUGAGCAUUCUCAGCUGCCUUUUAAGCUACUUUGGGGUUUUCCCCCUUCCCCUAGGGUGCUUUUUUAUCUAAAGAUUUGUUUGUACUUUGAGAAACCUUGGGGUUUCCCCAAGCCUGCUGCUAUCUGUCUCUCCCCCCCCUUUUUUUUUUGCAAAAUUCACACUUUUUUGACUACGUAAGCAUUAGCGGAUAGCGAAUGAGUUUACUCUAAGUAUAGUAUAGGGUUCAGUCCCUGCCAUAGAUGGGCCCAUAGUCUGAUUUGCUGUAGGACAACUUCUUAUACAGGUGGCAGCCAUUUUGUGUGUGGGUUCUGUACCUGGCCCCUGAACGUGUUGGCGGCGCGCGCAUAAGCCCGCCACAUUCUGCCCCUGCUCCGCCCUCCUCCAGAUCCAAAAGAACCCAUUUGUCGGCUGUCGCGCGUCAAUCGGACACGCACAAAAUGGUUGCCGCCUGUAUUCCUAUGAGACCGCUUUAAACAGUCAUGGCUUCUCCCCAAAGAAUCCUGGGAACUGGAGCUGGUUGAGAGUUGUUAAGAGCCCCCAAUUCUCCUCACUGAGCUCUGAUUUGAUCCUGCGAAGACUGUGAGAGGAACAGGGGCUUCCUACCAACUCUCAGCACCCUUAAUAAACGGCACUUCCCAGAAUUAUUUGGGGGAAGCCAUGAUUCUCUCUAGCGGUAGCAUAGAGGGUGACUGGCGAGGAAGAUUGGACUCUGUUAUCGCAGGCCUGCUGUCGUGUGGUGGUGGAGGGAGACGUUCCAGCGAGGGGCCCCCGAAAAGCCUGAGGGUGGUUAGCUGGCUUUUGCAAAAUGGGAUUAGACAAAUCCAAUGAAGGGGCACAUCUGUCAGUCGCAAGAUAAAAGCAUCAGAAACCUCUGUGUACAGAGCGUGGGGCUCCUUCCUUCUAUUUCCGCUCUCUGGGAGAAGAGUUCCAUUCCUUCCUAGCGAAAAAUUACCACCGCACAAAAGAGAAUGAUCAACCUUGAGGUUUACAAAUGCGUAAAAAUAUUUAAGGGAGAGACCCUUAAAUGUGGGGGGAACAGGCAACGAUAGACCCUCGAGGGCUCGGCUGGAUGGGGGCAGGACUGAAACCCAGGUGGACAGGAGAAUGGGAUGGCUGAAGGAAGUGGUGCGAAGAAUGAGGUUCCGUUCUGCAUUUUUCAUAGUUAUCCUGGAUAGGUAGUUAUCCUGGCUCACACCUGCAGACAGAAGCGGGUGUUGCUCAUAGACAUCGGUGGAGAAAUCCAAGAGCCCAGUGUUGCCUAGUGGUUAGAGUGUCGGACUAGGACUUUUUAGAGAGACCAGAGUUCGAAUCCCCACUCAGCCAUGAAGCUCACUGGGUGACCUUGAGCCAGGGCCUAACCCAACCUCACAGGAGAAAAUGUGGAGGAUUGUACCGCCGACCUUCUGAUGGCAAGCCCAAGAGGCUCAGUGGUUUACACCACAGCGCCACCCGUGUCCCUCACAUAUCUGGGUAGGCAUGCCUAAAUUUUAAAAAUACAGUACAACAAAGAUGUCUGCCUAAUGUCAGUGGGCAGGGAGUUCCAGGUUGCAGGUGCUGCCAUGCUGGAAGAUUGAUACCUUAUGAGUGUGGAAUGGAGAUCAUGUGGCACUUGCGAAAGAGCCAGCUGCGCAAAUUGAAGUGGUCAAGUGGGCAUAUAUGAUAAUAGCAAAACUUUGAGUUUGGCCUGAUAAAAAAUCAGCAGCCGUUUCCUUUUUCCUCUGCUGUUCCGUCUCACAAAACCCUUGCUUGUUUUUCCCCCCUGCAAAAAACAGGAGGACCAAAGCAGCCUGGGCGAUAACCGACUGCCCACCACCACUAAGCUGGACCGGAGCAAAUCUGAGGACCUGCUGGGGACCCCAAAGGAGCCUCGCACCUACAGCUCAUCAGAGAACAUUGAGGCAGACCCCGGGGUGCUCCGUGCUCACAUGGGGGACGGAUCAGAGAAGGGAUGCCUUGGGUUGCGGAUGGUCAGCGAGCAACUCCUUUCCUCCAAGAAAGCUGGAGUCAGUGGGGGAGAUACCCAAGAAAUCUUGGAGGCAGACUCCAGGCCCAGCUCAGGUAUGCCUGCUCCAGGUUCAGCGGGGAGGAAUCUACCUGCCUGGUGAAUUGUUUGAUUUAUUUGUAUUGUAAAUUUAACAGGAAAAAAGAAAGAAAAUGCAGGCAGCUGGCUCACAUCAGCAAUAAGAAUUGUCCCUCAGUUCUGAUUUAAAUGUUUAUAUUAAUAUAGGCAGUUCAUGUGUCCAAAUGGAUAUCCAAACAAGACUGAUGAAUGCAAUAUAUAUGUUCAAAUGUAGAAAGGGCAGUUGAUUAGAGCAUGGUGCUUAUAAUAAUCUAUGAACCUUUUAGUCUCGAGGUAUAAAGGUUAUAUUCAGUUAGUAGGCCCAUUGAAUUUAAUGAACAUGUUAAUCAUGUUUGUUAACUUCUGUAGUUCUGCUCUGAGUAGAAAUAGUUUUUGGACACAACCCGAAGUCUCUGCAACCAGAAGGGUUUGCAGGAUCCACUUCCAUUGUCCAUCUGUUAAGUCCUUGCACCAGAGCAAUGGAAUGGAAAAGUGGGUGGAUGUCUGAAAAUAUUAAGGAUUUUUCCGAAACAAAGCUAACACAAACAAUAUGUUCUGACCAAAAAGAAGACACCCUCCACUAGACACAGCCACAACAUGCACCUCAAAGAUUCAUUUAUGAGCAUUGCAUCCCUAUAUCUCCACAAAUACUUCGCUUCCUAGUCUCACAGGUUGCAAUCCCUACGACACACCGGUCCUUCUCCCAGAAAACAUCUGAUCCCCUUUCUUUAAAUCCGAUUAAACGUCCGUCCGGAGUGCUGCACUAUCUAAUUUUUAUUGAAAACGUAAAAGACAAGGCUGCAAACAAUAAAUAACAAACACAUAGGAGAAAUGCCCAGAAUUGCAGCAAAGUAAAAAUAAAUAAAAUAUAGAACAAAAAUCAGGGGUCAGUCUGAUUUGUUCUGCCUCUCUUCCCAAGUUUCAUAGUGUGCAGCAUAGAGUUCCCAAGAUACCAGUCACUGAUCUUGAGUGUCAAAACUUUUAGCUAUUAAGAGAUCCACAAAUGUGUAUUUCUGGCUGGCGUAUUUGAGCCCUCCGCUCCCACAUGUAUAUAUUUAAUAACAUCAAACUAGACUGGAUAAACUGUGGCUUUUCUUGAUUUCCCUCUGUGUAAACAAGACUUUUUGUGUUUGCUUUUUUGACAUGUGGCCAGAUUUUUGCCACCUCAAAUUUCCACCACGGCCAGAGCACUGCAUCUUCCUUCUCUGUGUUUUCCAGGGUUUUACGAGACGAGUGAGAUGGGCUCCCUGUCUGAUUCCUGCGCCUCCGUCCACAGCGAUGGGCCUGGGGGUUCCCGCUGCAGCAUUGGCUCCCUCUCCCACUUGCCCGGCCUGCGGGAGGCCACCUUCUCCCGCCCGCGCUCUACCGAUGAGGCUGCUGUCCGCCUCCUAGACCUCCAGCUGCAGCGUCUCACCUUGGCAAACGCCUCUGGCGCGGACGGCAGGAGGCCUGUGUCAACAGGUGAGGCGCGCUUGCAUGAACAGGGACUCUCAGGCUUUGCAGAUCGGCUGUGUGCUUGAGCCUCUCUCCUCUGCUCCAACCAAGUGAGGAGUUAAAAGGGAGGAAUGAGGGAGAGUACAGCAAAGAACACAGACUGGGCUGCACAUGUCUGGGGCAAGAGCGUAGCUCAGUUGUAGGGCACCUGUUUUGCAUGUGGAAGGUCCCAGGUUCAAGCCCUGGCAUCUCCAGGUAGGGCUAGAAUAAACUGAGACCACCUUUACACUGUACAGAUAGAGCAAUUUGAUACAGUCCUUUGGGGGAAUAGCUUGGCUUUCCCCCAAAGAAUUCUGGGAGCUGAAGUUUGUGAAGGGUGUAGAGAGUUGUUAGGAGGUCCCUGUUCCCCACACAGAGCUCCCUUGGAAAAUUGUUAAACCAUUCUGGGGAUUGUGGCUAUGUGAAGGGAAUAGGGAUGUGGUUGGCGCUGUGGGUUAAACUACAGAGCCUAGGACUUGCCGAUCAGAAGGUUGGCGGCACGAAUCCCCACGACGGGGUGAACUCCCGUUGCUCAGUCCCUGCUCCUGCCAACCUAGCAGUUCGAAAGCACAUCAAAGUGCAAGUAGAUAAAUAGGUACCACUCUGGCGGGAAGGAAAACGGCGUUUCUGUGCGCUGCUCUGGUUCGCCAGAAGCGGCUUAGUCAUGCUGGCCACAUGAUCCGGAAGCUGUACGCCGGCUCCCUCGGCCAAUAAAGCGAGAUGAGCGCCGCAACCCCAGAGUCGGCCACGACUGGACCUAAUGGUCAGGGGUCCCUUUACCUUUACCUUAAGAACUCUUUAAAAAAAAGACACCUCCUAGGAACUCAUGACUGUUAAAGUGGUAUAAUGGUGCUUAAAGUGUAUGGUGUGGAUGUUGUCCAUAAGACAGCUUUCCUAUGACCCCCAGUUCCAUGUGGUGAUCCUGACUUCUAUGUUCAGCUUCCUAAGAACCUUCUUCCUCCCUUUCAGUUUGAAUUGAUAAACGGGAAGUUUUUCUCUUUAUUAUUACUUCCUUUUUGAAGCAUCCUUGCCUUUAGUGGUUUAUGAAGAUCAGUAAUAAAGCAGACCCUGUUCUCAGGCUUAUAAUAACUGAAAAGACGUGACACACAAGGAAAAAGGGGAGGAGGAAAAAAAGCAAACUCAACUCAGGUGUUAAGUUUUAGUUAUGAGAUGGCACCCGUCCCCCAGGGCAACUGGACUCUGCCACCGUGAGUUGCAGAAACAGCUUUGUGCCACCAUAAAAUAUCAUCUUUUAAAUUUGUUUCACUCCGUCAGCCCCAGCCAGCAAUUCAGAUGUUGCUGAAUGACUACAGAUUCCCCAUCCCUGUUUUAUGCCCAUGUGAGUUCAAAGAAUAAUUGAACAUGGGCAAUACCCAAUACUAGGUCUUCUGAAAAUAGACCCAUUGAAAUUGAUAGGUAUGACUACGCUAAGAACAUUAAUAGCAAUGGGUCUGCAGUGAGUCUAACUUAGCUGGCUACAACCAAGUAGCUUCUGCCUGCCUUGAAUCCCUGUUAAAGACACAGUCCAUCUUUUACCUUGCCCGGCCUACGGUCGUUGGUUCCUGUUACUCAUAAGUCCCUUGUGUUCCCUUGCUUCAGGUGACCUGGAAUUCCUCUUGGGGCUCGGAGACUUGUCCCUCCCACUCCCAAAGAACCCGAGUCUCCAGCUGCUGCAGUACAAGUCGGACCUUGUCUCCCGGAACACCAACGAGAUCUACCACUACCCGAGCCCCUUGCAUGCCGUGGCUCUCCAGAGCCCCCUCUUCACCAGCAGCCUCUCCCAGAGCUCGUCUCAGGAGGAUCUGGAUGAGGGACCCCUGGAGCAGCCUGGUACCAGCUCCCCAAAGAGAGCGGCCGCAUGCUCCAAGGAGCAGCAGAGAGCCCGGUUGGACCAGUACGUGGCCAAAUUGGUGCUGCGUUACAAAUGCCGCUCAGCAGCCAGCAGGCCGGAGUCCGGAUACCUGGCGGGGAAUCAGAAGAGCUUGUCAAUGUCCUCCGUCUGCAGUUCUGUCCUGGGUGCCAGCCAGCUCCUGGCACCGGCGCCCGGGUGGAAGAUCCGGCGGCGCAUCUCUACCUGCUCGCAUCUGCGUUCUCCAGAAGGUUCCGAAGGGGCACGGGACUCGCGGGUUUUGGACAGCCAAGGGGAUUUCACUCCAUUUCUGGAGAUCCCCUCAGUCCAGGCCAGCACUACCAACCUCGUGAAGGCUACCGAGCCGUCGGUGGUGUCCCUGCCUGAUCCUCUCCCAUCGUAUCCGGAACCUUCCGUCAUCCCCUACCCAAAUAAGCAAAAUGGCGGAUCGGAGAGAGAGGUCCUGGGCUGGGUCAGCGUGGCCCGUUGUCAUGUUGUCCAGGCCGAGGCUCCCUUCAGAAAGGAGGGCUCGUUGCCACAGGCCGCUAUAAACUUUGACAGGCUGUACAAAGGCAAACAUGCCUCGCGGGAGUUGGUGAAAGCAGCCGAGAGGCAGGAGAAGCCGGCCGAGAGGAGUUGGCUGAGCCCCCGGGAACUGCUACGCAGGCUGAGCCUUCGCCGUAGGCCGUCUGCUCGCAUGGGGAGCAGGGCCCGCGCCAGCUCGGAAAUCAACGUCCACGCGGCCACAGGGCUGGGUUGCCACAGUGACCCACAAGCCAGCAGAGGCAAAGCGGUCAAGCCGAAAUGGACAUCAGUCUUGGAGAUUUCCAGCAAAGCCCCCAGCCGGCAGCGGCUGAAAGCCGGCAGCUUCCACCCGCCCCAAGUGCUGAACCGCCACCUUGCCUUUUCCUCUGACUCGCCAACAUCGUUUUGCUUCCUGGGCAGCAGCCAUCUUGACCUGCCGCCUCGGCAGCGGGCUGGACUUGCCGGCAGCAGCCUUGGAGAGGUGGACGCCACAAGCGCCGUCAGCCUGAACGGGGACUGGAUCCUCCAUCAGCUCGGGGACAGGUGGCCCCGCACUGCGGCCACGUUGGACUCUGCCGACUUGCCAGUCCGCAGCUUCAAGCUCCGCCGCAGCCGCUCCUUCAAGGAGCUCAAGAAAAUGAUGUCACGCUCCUUCAAGGGGUCCAGGACCACCAAGUGACUCCUUCCUCCCCCCCAAAAGGGCUGUAAGAUAUCUUGGGUGGGUGAGUGGAGGAGGUAAAAAGUGAAGAAGCUUCUUAAGCAUUUUUGAGGCUUCUUGAUUGACCUUCCUAGACAAGCUUCCCCAUCCCCUUGGACGACGGGGGUUGUCUCCCAAGUUUUUCCCCACACCCUUAUUGCUAGGUACAUCCUUGAAUUUGGACAUUAACUCCUUAUGCCUCAGGAUUUCUCCCUGGCCUAAACAAGAACCAAAGAUGGACAUGGAACUCCAGGUCUCCUUCGAUAAUGUUUUCAUAAGAAUGGAUUGAGGGGCCUUGAAGCUGCCAUACCUAACCCCGGUGGCGGCUGUUGCCCAUUGGGACUGAUAGGGUGGCAGGCAGGGAGCCCCACAGUAGGUGGCGCCAGAGAACCAGUGGCAGGCAGAACCAGCACAUUCUAGUUUUGUCCCCAUGCCCCCUGCUGAGUUGUAAAAGGGGCAGCGCAGAGACUGAGGAAAAUGGCAGGCAGUGCCACCCCCUGGACUGGAUGUAACAAGGCAGGCGGGUGGGGGCUGGCUAGGGGCAGACUGAGGUUAGUGGGGCAGCAUUGCCUCCGCCCUCAUGUACCAGCUUCCACUGAAACCCUUGAGUUAUGGUAGUCUCGCAGCCUAGCCAAUAUGAGUGUCAGAGAGAUUCUGUGUCUUCUACCCCCAAUGUCCUUUAAAAGUGUUGCCUUGCCUUGGGUUCCCACCCACCACAAAUAUGGUAGGGAAAGCAUGCAGAUUUCCAUAAGUAUUUCUAUUAUUAUUUUAGGAUCCAGGCCAUGCCUUAUAUCCCUGGGCAAUUACUGAGGUAUUUGAGGAGGAGGGCGCUUUUCAUGGUUCCCCGUGGCUCAGACACACGAUUCGUAUUGUGUUUGACCACCCUCUCUCCCUGUUGAACUCCCAGCGCUGAGUGACAACUUUUUCUAUUUCAGCACACAGUUUGUGAGGGGGUUCCCCAGCCCUGUGAUUCUGUGGUUAAUUUUAACUUGCUUUAUGUUCUUAUCUCUCUUGUACAACUCUUAGAAAAGGCAGCAUGUAAAUUAUUUAAAUAAAUAAAAUGUGCAGCCUGUCCUGAGGAACACACAGCCUGCCCAGCAAAGUCAUUCCCUGACCACCACCCGCUGCCGUCCUGGAUUUUUCUUCUUGGCAGUUCGAAGCAGGUGGUGAAAACCAAAGGGGCUUGGCAGGGGUCCAUCGUGUGUCCCUGGUGGGGAGGGAGCUGUGUUAACAGGUUGCAAAUCGUGCAGGCCUAACACUGAUUUUGAAGUGGUAUUAAUUUGCCUUUUUCUUCAAGGUUUUAUAUUGCCUUCCUUUUCCAGUAAGGGUAUAAUGCAGAGUUGUGGCACUUUGGAUGCCAAUGGACUCCAGUUCUCAUAUCACUACCCGAUGUGGUGUCGUGGUUGGAGUGUCGGAUUAAGACCUGGGAGAGCAGGAUUCGAAUCCCCACUCAAUCAUGGAACUCACUGGGUGAUCUUGGACCAGUCACUGCCUCAGUCAGCCUAACCUACCUCACAGGGUUGUUGUGGGGAUUCAAUGAGGAGGGGGGAGUAUCUUGUACUUGAGCUCCUUGGAGAAAAAAUUGAUAUACAGUGGUACCUCGGGUUACAGACGCUUCAGGUUACAGACUCCGCUAACCCAGAAAUAGUACCUCGGGUUAAGAACUUUGCUUCAGGAUGAGAACAGAAAUUGCGGUGCUAAAGUGGUGCUUCAGGUUAAGAACAGUUUCAGGUUAAGAGUGAACCUCCGGAACGAAUUAAGUUCUUAACCCGAGGUACCACUGUAAUGAAAUAAAUGAAAUAAGUAAGCUUUGGUUAGUUGGGCCCAGUGGUCAGGGGCCUGAAGUUCAACAAUAUCAGGCAGGCCACAGGCCCCCCCCCCUUCCUAGUGCGAGCGAACCCUGCACAGGGAAGGCCUUCAUCCCCCCCCACCCCAAUUCUUCAUUUUGGCCCCCAAAGGCUUCCAAAAGUCUUCCUAGAUAUUUCUGUCUGGUACUGCUGCCACCUUUAAAGGGAGGAGGUGGCUGUGCUCCCAUCUGCCUCUCUCACCCCCCCCCCCAACUUUAAUUAAAAUGGGUGAGUAGCCUUUGGCAAUCUGGAUGUUUCUGAACUACAGCUCCCAUCUGCCCUAGCAAAAAUGGCCAACGAAGAUGGGGAUUGUAGCUCAGCAACUUCUGGAGGGCCAAGUCUCCCCAAAGCAGACUCAAAACGAGGUAGCCUUUUUUAACGUCGUCCUUUUGUUUUUAUCCGUCUUGCUCUUUGAAACUGUGAACCUUAUUUCCCCACUACAUGUAAAUGUUAAGAUCAAGAUAGAAAAUAAAAACGAGCAUUUUGAAAUUAGGGGUCUUGCUUGGUCUUGGGAACGUGGGAUGAACGGAGUGUGCGGAGAUUUAAGGAUGUUUUCCUACUGAAGCAUUAUUACAAAGCCUUGCAGCAGCUGAGUAUAUAUGCCAGUAUGUUUUCUGUCCAUAUAUAUCUAUAACUCUUUACUGACCGUGACUGUCAUGAAGGAACCCUGUACACAGGAUAAAAAGCUCCCCUUUCAUCCUCAGGUGGUUGUAGGUCACUGGAGAGGGGUCUCUCCUGCAUAAAUAGUAGACUUUGAUACUCUUCUGCACCAUUGGAACAUUGCCCCACUGAUCUCCAGAGAAUAAUGUGCCCUUCAGACAGUGAAAGUCCCCCAUCCCUUGUAUCUAUGAUCAUACCUCACUGCGUUUUCAUAUUUGAAAUGCAACGCUUUGCAAUGCACUCUGGAGAGAGGUGUGUUCCCACCACGCACUGGGUUGUAAAAUGGAGAGGGGGAAGGGGGGGAUGCCAGAUUAUCCCUCCUAUAAUUAAUCCCUCCCCGCUCAGUGCCUAGAAGCAGGUAGGAUAUAGCAAGCUGGUUUCUCCUGCCUUCCAGGCACACAUUUUUGCCUCCUCGACGCCGGUGCUCCUGGUUAUGCCUUGAAAAGGCUGAGCGAAUUGCUGUUUACGGCGUGCCUCCUGGCACCGCGCAGCUAAUAAUAGUAAUUAAGGAGGCUGCAAGACGGUGGGGGAUGGGGUUCGGCAAGCCAGAGCUUGUUGUCUGGUCCUGCCGCAGCCUUCCAGCCCAGAACGUGCAUUUUCCAGCAACAGAAAACCCCUGUCAAAUAGCUUGAGUGGCUCAAAGCAGUUUGCAUGCAUUGUCUCAGUAAUCCUUAACCAGCACCCUGAAAGUAAUAUUAUUCCCCCCAUAAUGCAGAUACGGAAGACUGAGGCUGAGUGUGAGUGACUCGUCUAUGGACACGUAGUGAGUCAGUGGCAGAGGUGAAAUUUCAGCUACUGAUUUAUUGAUUGUGUGACCGCAGAAACGGAUAAAAGCCCCCCUCCCAACAAUGACUAUCAUCAGUGCAGGGAAGAAAAUAAUUAAAUUUUCAUUUUUAUCAUCUACAAUACUGUCUUAUUUAUUUUAUAGUACAGUACAUUGAUAAUUGCUUUAAUUAUAUGGAUCAAUGGUCUCGUUAGAUAGUAAAAUUCAUGUUAAACUGCUGUUUUAGGGGUUGUUUUUUUAAAGUCUGGAACGGAUUAAUUCAUUUUGCAUUAUUUUCUAUGGAAAAGCAUGCCUUGGUUUUGGAACGGACUUCCGGAAUGGAUUAAGUUUGAGAACCAAGGUACCACUGUAGUUAGUUCAGGCACGUGGGUUCUUGUUUUGGUCUCUUGCCUUUUAUAACUAACCCCUUUACCCCCACCCAACACUACCAGAUCCACAGUUGUGGCUGGAUAGAGGCAGUGGCAGACAAAACAGGGUGGCUGAGGGGCAGAGCAGAUUACUCCCUGCUGUAUAAGCUAUAAGCCAUACACCUCGUGACCCCCAAACACAAAGAAAAGUCUACAUCUGAGCGACUGAUUUAUUGCAUCUUUUACACGGUUCUUCUCUCGCUCAUUUAAUCCCUGCACAACAACCCUGUGAGGUAGGUUAGGCUAAGAACUAACCACUACACCACACUGCCUUUUGACUACCCACUGACUAGUUUGGUGGUUCUAACAAGCCCAGUUUAGAAAACAAACAUGCUUUUUGCUACUGCAAUUUACGCUGUGUACACACUACGUUUAAAUCGUACACACCCAGAGCAGACUAGGAACUAUUUCGCGAAGACUGCUGGGAAUUGUAGCUCUGUGAGGGGUAAACUACAGUUCCCAGAGGGUUUUUUUGGGGGGUGGGGAGAUGUAUGGUGUGUACACAGCCAUAGUUAAACAUUUAGGAAGCAGAAACCUCUGACCAAUAAUCUAUUAAUCUCCCAGGAGAUCCUGCUCAAUCUUCUGCCUGCCUUCGAUUUAGUUCAUUGUUAUAUUUUUGUCACGUACUGUAUAUGAGGAGACAGAAGGCAUUUGGUUCUGCCCCCCUGGCCUAAAAUGUCAUACCCAGGCCUCCUUAAGUCAGCUAUUUUAAUCAAUGGAAUUUGUUAAUAAGAAGCCCGUAUCUGCUUAGGAAUGUCUUCAGUCAUUAUUCAGGGUCUUAAGCAGUGUUUAAUCCCCCAGGAAAAGGGAUUGAUUGUUAAACCACUGUGAGAAUUAUAGCUCUGUAAAAGGAGCAGGGGUCUUCUAACAGCUCUCAGUACCCUUAACAAACCACAUCUUCCAGGUUUCAUUGUGGGGUGUGUGUGUGAGGGUUGCUAUAUUUCAAAAAGUGAAAAUCUGGACACAAAAGUUGUUGAGCUUUUAUUGGCAAAGUUGUUGAGCUUUUCUCACUGUUCUCCCCAGUUGCCUUAAUAAAAUUUUAUUUUAAUAAAAUUAUAAUCGUGGAGAUCUGUGCAUAACAGUUUAUCUGCUGCAUCUUGGCAAAAACAGCCAAAUACUGCUGAGCAGUACACACCCUGAGCCAAUCACAUACAUACGUACAUACAUAAUUUUAUUUAUAUGCCGCCUUUCAAACAAUGCUGAAGGUGCUUUCAACAUGAAAAAAUGUAGAACAAUGACAUAGCAAAGUAGGCAUAAUGCAUACGCUCCACCAUCCUGCUGACCAUAAUCUCUCAUGUUUUUAAAUACGUUACAUGUUUUUAAAUAUGUUUUAAUUACUUUGUCGCUUUUGUGUUUGCUGCCUUGGGUUUGAAGAGGAACAGGGGGUUAAAUAAAUAAACUUUGGGCCCUCUUCAAUUACCAUAUUUCUCCGUCUACUGUAUAAGACACCCACAUGUAUAAGACGACCCUAUUUUUGGGGACUCCGAUUUAAGAAAAUGGGGGAAGAUGACCCCCGUAUAUAAGAUGCCCCCAAAUUUUUGACAUUAUUUUUUAGGGAGAAAAACCAGGCUUAUACAGUACACGGAAAAAUCAGUACCUCUCUGGGGGCACACUCAGGACUGUGUCAUGGAAGUUUCCUUCCUUUCAGGAGUUAAUUUCCUCUCACUUGUUUGCCUCUGACCAGGCCGCCUUUGGUUGCUGACCUGUCAGCAAAUAUUGCCACCGUGUGGACUAGCAGCUUUCUUUGGCGAUUAAAACAACCGCCCCGCAACAGUUAUCUUCUAGAAGCCAAAUUUCUGUUUGGUUCAAUGCUACCACACCCACAAUGUACACAUGUGCCGCGCACACAUUCCGCUGCGGUUGCUACCAAGUCACAAAGGUACUAUGGACACAGAGGCCCAUGGGCCCCCCCACCCGCAGCGACCCCCACCCACAAAAAGAAAAACUUGCUGAUGUCUUGUUUGCCAGAGGCAAGGUCACAAACGGCAGCUGAGAAAAGCAAACAGCCCCCUUUCCCAGCUGCUGACACACACACACACACGUAUUUGUUUAAGAGACCGGAGGAGACAUGCAUGGCAGCAAUGAAGGAUGUUUGCUGGGAUGUCACAGCUGGAGAACCGGGAAGAAAGCAGAAAUGACAAAAUCGAUAAAAGGCAGGAGUUCUGACUUUGUACAAGUGCCAACAUGGCUCAGAAUUAGAAGCCUCUUGGAUUAGGUCCCCACCAUUUUCCUUCCCCAACCCUACUAUGAACCUGUAGAGUGGCGGUUGCUUUAAUCCUCACUCGGGACAUCCUUUUUUACCCUGUAUUCACGAUCAUUUUGGCAUUUUGUGUUGUCAGGGCAGCUACACAUGACCCCACUUUCAAAAGUUUCAGGGAGGACAAACUGCUUUAUUUUCCCAGUUGGUUCGGGUCCCAUAACUUCCUUCUGAAAUCCUGUAACUUGCUAUACCACACAUAUUCCCAUUUAUUUUUACCCGUCCCUCUUUUCUUGCGCUGUGGCACAGGACUGCCCCCUCCAGACGGCAAUAAUGUGGUAACCGUUGAGGAAGCCUCGCAGAACUACUAAUAAAACAAGGGUUUUUGCCUGUCUGGUGCAAAUCUACCAGGAAGGUACUAUACUGAAUCAGUCACAUAUUCAGAGCUGCCAACUUGAAUAAAACAGGGGGAGUCCAGGUAAGCGAUACCCAUCAACUUUGUGGGGGCCCAGUCCCUUAAAAUACUUUUUGGGGGGUGUGAAGGGACGUCAGCCACUUGCAGAAUAUACUGGCAAACUCACACACAUACACCAGCCUGGAGGGAGGGGUUCUUAGUUACUGGGUGGGAUUUUUGAGCAUGGAUCUCCCCUCCUAGCACGCUGAGGCCACAGUCACAACAUACAUUGAAAGUGCAUCCCCCCCCCAAAAAAAAUAAUUCUGGGAGCUAUAGUUUGUUAUGGGUGCAGAGAGCUGUUAGGAUAUUCCAUUAUUCUCACAAGCUUACAAUACCCAGUUAGCAAUCGAUCCCCCUUCCCAGGGAACUCAGAGAAUUGUAGCACUGUAAUAGGGGUCACCUAACAACUCUCAGCACCCACAACUACAGCUCCCAGAAUUAUUGGGGGUAGCCAUGACAGUUUAAAGUUUCUGAGCAUAAUUCAAAGUGUUGGUGCUGACCUUUAAAGCUCUAAAACGGCCUUGGCCCAGUAUACCUGAAGGAGCAUCUCCACCCCCAUCUUUCUGCCCAGACACCGAGGUCCAGCUCUGAGGGCCUUCUGGUGGUUCCCUCACUGCGAGAAGUGAGGUUACAGGGAGCCACUGAGAGGGCCUUCUUGGUAGUGGUGCCCGCCCUGUGGAACUCCCUCCCAUCAGAUGUCAAGGAGAUAAAGAACUACAUCUGAAGGCAGCCCUGUAUAGGGAAGUUUUUAAUGUUUGAUCUUUUAUUAAUUAUUAUUAUUACUACUACUACUACUACUACUGUGGUACCUCGGGUUAAGAACUUAAUUUGUUCCAGAGGUCCGUUCUUAACCUGAAACGGUUCUUAACCUGAGGCGUGCUUUUGCUAAUGGGGCCUCCCACUGGUGUGCAAUUUCUGUUCUUAUCCUGGGGCAAAGUUCUUAACCUGAAGCAACCACUUCCUGGUUAGCGGAGUUUGUAACCUGAAGCGUCUGUAACCCGAGGUACCACUGUAUUACUACAGUCACACCUCGGGUUACGAACGCUGCAGGUUGCAUGUUUUUGGGUUGUGGACUGCGCCGAACCCGGAAGUACCGGAAUGGGUUACUUACGGGUUUAGGUGCCUGCUCAGAAGCGCAAAAUGACAUCACGCGCAUGCGCAGAAGCGCCGAAUCGCAUCACGCACGUGCGCAGACGGGCACUUCAGGCUGCGAACGCUGCGGGUUGCAAACGUGCCUCCCGCACGGAUCACAUUCGCAACCCAAGGUAUGAUUGUAUUAUUCUGUUGAGAGCUGCCCAGAGUGGCUGGGGAAACCCAGCCAGAUGGGCGGGGUAUUGAUAAUAAAUUAUUACAGUGGUACCUUGGGUUACAGGCGCUUCAGGUUACAGACUCCGCUAACCCAGAAAUAGUACCUCGGGUUAAGAACUUUGCUUCAGGAUGAGAACAGAAAUCGUGUGGCGGCGGUAGCGGGAGGCCCCAUUAGCUAAAGUGGUGCUUCAGGUUAAGAACAGUUUUAGGUUAAGUAGGGACCUCCGGAAAGAAUUAAGUUCUUACCCCGAGGUACCACUGUAUUAUAUGGUAUCAGAGAGCUUUAAAUGUAUGGUGGGAACGUGGCCUUGAUCCCAGCGCCACGAUGCUCCCUUUGUGCCAGUAGCUGCCUGUGCCUUGCAGAUUCAGACCCAG